UGGAGGGGAGGGCUGCAUGUGUGUGUUUACCACAUUUCUGUUAUACAUCUGUGUGAUCCUAAACGUAGCCAACAUCCUUUUUGUGAACAAGAGGAUAAUAAUGUGGCUUCCUCUUGAACCGUGGUGUCAGGAGAUUCAAGCUGUAGACCAUGUGACUCAGUGAAGAGCUGCAGGGAUUGGCUCAGGUCAGCUGUGACCUAAGUGCACUGCCUCUCCUCAACACCCCCUUUGGGAACACACACACACAGAGAUCCUCCUGCCUCCCUCUUCCUCCUCACUCUGCCCUGCCUCUUUUAUUUUUUUUCCUUCGGCUGGCUUUUUCCCUACCUCUCAGCAUCCUUGCCUGUGUGUCAGUUAGAGCCGCCGCCGCAGCAGCAGUCGCAGCAUCCAUGGCUUAAGCCUGAGCUCUGAUCGACAGCUAGCCUUGCCCCCACCCCUCCUCUCCUCCUCUCUCUCUUUUUUAUUAUUUUUUUUCCUUCUUUCUCAGAUAGUUGACAGGUGACAUCUGAGGCUAUUGGAGGCUCACAGAUAGUCAGGGCGUUAGCCACAGCCUCUCUUUUGCCCAUCAAUUCUGCUGUGUAUCUGUAACCACGGGCUUCUUCUCUUCUCCCCCUCCCUACACCUCGUGGUUUUAUUUCAGGCUCUUGGGAAAUAGAGGAAUGCAAAUCUGCAACCAUGAUGGAAGGAUUAAAAAAACGUACAAGGAAGGCCUUCGGGAUACGGAAGAAAGAGAAGGACAAUGACUCCACAGGGUCCCCAGACCGAGACGGGGGUUCCCAGAAGAAGACAAAUGGGGCCCCUAAUGGCUUCUAUGGAGAUAUCGACUGGGACAGAUAUAAUUCUCCUGAGGUGGAUGACGAGGGCUACAGUAUCAGACCUGAUGAAGAAUCUGAGGAAGGAGUUGUCGCAAAGGCCCAUUUCUUCUCUUCUGAUGAGUCAGAGGAGGAUGAGGAUCGCAGAAAGAAAUUCAAGAUCAAGAUCAAGCCUCUGCUGGCUGAUCAUGUGGUGUCAGAGCCGUCGGUCGAUGUGCUCAAGGCCUCCAUAGGCAACAUAGCUCUGUCCCCGUCUCCUCUGAGGACUCCGAGACGUAGCCCGGGAUUAAAAGGAAACACAUCUGGUGAGGAGAUUGCAAGACCGAGGCGUGUUGCUCCUGCCCCUGUGAUUUCUGCACCAGCUCCAGCCCCAGCUCCACCCCCACAGCCCCCCAGACAGCAAACACCGGUCUCUGAAGACUCCUCAACCUUAUUCGGGCCUCCUUUAGAAACAACCUUUGGAGAGGAGAAAGUUGAAGUGGUUCUUUCUGAGUCUGAUGUGUGGGGGACUCCUCUCCCAGAGCCUGACUCUUCUUUGACCAGAUUCUUUCCUGCAGGAUCUCCUCCCCCACUUCCACCCAAGAAUGUCCCAACCUCCCCCCCAGCGAGUGGAAGUCCCUCUGCAGAUAAUACUGAAGCGCUGACAGAAGCAGAUGGCUCCGCCCGGAAGUCAUCCAUAGCUGACUUGGACAACAUCUUUGGACCAGAGCAGGCUCCCCCUGCUGGCGAGGAAACAAGUGACUCCUCCUGGAUCUGCUUUAGUGAACAGCCCUCUGAAAAACCUCCUGUACCAAAGGAUGCCGCACCUCCGCUACCCUCAUCACCUCCUCCACCAGAGGAACCAGCACCUCCUCCACCACCAGCCUCCCCGCCUCCACCUGAAUCUCCUGCUCCUCCUCUGCCAACAUCGCUCUCUUUUCCUGAGGAAGCUGCGCCGUCGCUCCCCUCCCCACCCACAAAGCAAGAACCCACGCCUCCCCUACCCACCUCCCCGCCUCCUUCAGAAAAACCCGUAUCACCUCCCGCCUGUUCCGGCCCCUCCACACCAGAGGACAGAAACCCACCUGCUCCUGCUCCAAAGGAGCUUGCCUCACCCUCCGCCUCUUCCCCUCCGCUUCCCAACUCACCCGACAGCGUCCCUCCAGCGUCCGUCCCCAAAGCAGACACUCCUCCGGCAGAAACUCCCCCUUCUGAAGAACCAACGGCCCAUCUGGUUUCACCACCACCGGUCCCCUCGCAAGAAGAACAUUCCAAGAACACAGACGCCCCUCAACCAAAAGAGGAGGAAGAGGUCACAUCGCCUAAGGACACCUCCCAGGAAGCUCGGAGUUCACCUCCACCACCUCCUCCUCCAACAUACCGUGCAGUGGUCUCCUCUCCGGGUCCCACGUCUACGCCUAGUGGUACAAACAGUGGUUCAUCUUCACCUGUUCGACCUUCCACCCCAUCAUCAGGAAGUCCAGCUCCACCUCCACCUCCCCCCCGCCCACCAUCAAGACCGAAACUUCCUCCAGGAAAGCCAACAGUCGGUGAUGCGAAUCGGCCUUUCAGCCCACCGAUCCACUCUGCAAGUCCCCCCCCUAUCGCCCCUUUGGCGCGGGCUGAGAGCACCUCCUCUAUAUCCUCCACAAACUCUCUGAGUGCCGCCACCACUCCCACUGUCAACAAGGAGCUCUGCGUGUCUGUGUCAGAUGAUGCUUUUGUAGACAAACUGCCCACCUUUGAAAGACACUUUGAUUCAUUUGCAGAGAAUGACCAGCCAUCCCUUGUUUGGUUUGACAGAGGGAAGUUUUAUUUAACCUUUGAAGGCUGCUCCCGGGGGCCCAGUCCUCUCACCAUGGGCGCUCAGGACACGCUUCCUGUGGCCGCUGCAUUCACUGAGACGGUCAAUGCCUUCUUUAAAGGAGCCGACCCCAGCAAGUGUGUUGUGAAGAUCAUAGGUGAGAUGGUUUUGUCCUUUCCGGCGGGAAUCACACGGCACUUUGCCAAUAACCCAUCCCCCGCAGUGCUAACCUUCAGCAUAACCAACUACAGCCGACUGGAGCAUGUUCUGCCUAACCCCCAGCUGCUCUGCUGCGACACCACCACACAGGCCAAGGCUGACUCCAAGGACUUCUGGGUGAACAUGCCAAACCUGAUAUCUCAUUUAAAGAAGGUGUCCGAGCAGAAGCCGCAGGCAACAUACUACAAUGUGGACAUGCUUAAGUACCAAGUCUCAACACAAGGCCUGCAGUCGAGCCCUUUGAACCUGGCGGUGAGCUGGAGGUGUGAGCCGACCAGCACCGACCUGAGGAUAGACUAUAAAUACAACGGGGAGGCCAUGUCCACGCCCAUGGCCCUCAACAACGUCCAGUUUCUGGUCCCCGUUGAUGGAGGAGUUUCAAAGCUUCAGGCCGUCUUACCUCCUGCAGCAUGGAAUGCAGAGCAGCAAAGAAUUCUAUGGAAGAUCCCCGACAUCUCUCAGAAGUCUGAAAAUGGAGGUGUGGGAUCACUGUUAGCACGCUUCCAGUUAACAGAGGGUCCCAGUAAACCAGCUCCUCUGGCAGUGCAGUUCACCAGUGAGGGCAGCACCCUGUCAGGCUGCGACAUUGAACUGGCCGGACCAGGGUACCGCUUCUCACUCAUUAAGAAAAGGUUUGCCGCAGGAAAAUACCUGGCUGACAAUUGACCCAUAUUCCACUCUGAUAUAAAGAUUUCAGUGAACUGUUGGAUCAGCACAGAGACCAGAGGCUGAACCCAAACUCACAACCUUACCCAAACCCACACGUCUGCAGCUCACCCAGCAGUAUUGUAUAACUCGCGUUAAGUGGAACUUUUUUAAAGUCAAGUAAUUAUCAUAUUUGUAUUUAUCUCAUAACAUCCAUCUUGCUGCAGUACAACACUGGGGUUUCUGAGCUGUCUGAAGUCUGUGCCUCUGUCUCUAUCCUCACCGGGUUCACUUGUGCUGGUGUUAGUAAAGGUUUUGCUGCAGCUGCCUGACUGAAAACAUGGGGAAAAGGAAAUUCUGAGCAACUUUGUGUUGUUUUCAGUGUCUGAGAUAUCUUUUUUUUUGUUCAAAUACACAUCAAGUUGCAUAAAUAUUCAGAGAACUUAAUAUUAUUCUGUUGUGUUCAGUCAUGAAGCCUGAGGCAGUUGUUUGGUGUUGUUUAACAAUUGUUGUUGGUGCUUAAAGAAAAAAAAA